AAAAGAUACUACUCGUUAUUAAACAAUAUGUAUGGUGCAAAUGGAAUCAUGAAAAUCGGGGGAUUUUUUUGGGGGGUUUGACUCUUUGUUGAGAGAGUAGAAAAAGGCAUUGAGGCACUCAUGUUAUAUCGGUUUGAUUUGAUGAUAUUGGAACCGAUGGCGCUGUCAUGGGCCAGGUAAGGGGACUAUUACCUGCUUUGACUCGCCCAACGUGCCACCCAUCACGUUGCGAGAUUAUUUGCUUCGCCUUUGGCGUUACAUGAACUGUAGCAUUGAGUGCUUUGUAACGGCUUUGGCGUAUCUCGACCGCUUGCAGCAGAAGGACCUCAAGGUGGGCAUUUUGAAUGUGCACACCGUUUUCCUGGGUUGCUUGGUCGUGGCGGCCAAAUUCCAUGACGGCACCUACCGGAGCAACACCUAUUACGCUCGUGUGGGUGGUGUCACCGCCAAGUCGCUGUACUUUGUGGAGACACAAGUGAUCAAGAUGCUGGAUUGGAAGGCCAAAGUUACAGUGGAGGAAUUCAGAUCCAUGUGCGAGCUCCUCUUCUCCGAUAAGAGAUGGCUCCUUUUGCGCUCAGCACAGAAGGGCUACUUGGCGAGCAGCGAGUUGAGGCGUAGCAGCAGUGAGAGCAUCACUGCAUCUACGACCACGGGGGACAGCCUCUCCGAUGAGGAUGCCGCUAGUCGCGUGAGCCCUGAAGAUGACGCAGGCGGCUUCUCCACGGAGGAGGUCGCAGUGGGUCGUGAAGAUUGAGCAGGGAACAUGAGGGAACGCCGGACAAUGAUCUGGCCUGGGGUAGCUCGGGCUGCAGGGCUUGCAGGGCUCGCAGGGGUCGGCCGGUGGCGUCUAUCUCCAGGUUCUGUC